UUUAACUAAAAUCCUCCUCCCUUACUACUCCUCUACUAUAAACCCCAAAAUAACUGGCAAUAUAUGGAGUUUCUAAUACAAGUAAUGCUUAUGCUUACAAUCUCAUAUGUUAGCUAUCUCCUAGCAAAGGUGGUAUUCCGUCGAGGCCAAACUUGCUACAUGAUCGACUACGAAUGCUACAAGGGAAACAAAGGGAUGAAGCUAAACACCGAAGAAUGUGCAAAGAUCGUUUUACGCAACAAGAAUCUUCGUAUCGAAGAGUACAAGUUUUUGUUACAAACCAUCGUGAAUUCAGGCCUUGGUGAAGAAACAUACGGGCCAACAAACAUCAUUUCUGGUGAAGAAGAACACCCGAAACACCUUGAUUCUAUAUCCGAAAUGGAAGCUGUAUUUUACGACACACUUGAUAGUAUAUUUGGCAGGUCAAAUAUCUCACCAUCUCAAGUAGACAUCCUUGUGGUAAAUGUAUCUUUACUUUCAGCUGUCCCUUCUUUAACAUCUAGAAUUAUAAAUCGUUACAAAAUGCGCGAGGAUAUUAAGGCAUUUAAUCUAUCGGGAAUGGGAUGCAGCGCGAGUGUGGUAGCCAUCGAUCUAGUGCAUCACUUGUUCAAGACGCAGACGAAGAAAAUAGCGGUCAUUGUGAGCUCAGAAUCGAUGUCGGCUAAUUGGUAUUGUGGAAGAGAAAGGUCUAUGAUGUUGUCUAACUGUCUUUUUCGUGUAGGAGGUUGUUCUAUGCUUUUAACCAACGACACGGCUCGUUAUAAGAAUCGAGCGCUUAUGAAGCUGACGUGUUCGGUUAGGACUCAUUUUGGGGCUAACGAUGAUGCCUACACCUGCUGCAUGCAAGUAGAAGAUGAUCAAGGAUAUCCCGGUUUUCGUCUUACUAAAAACCUCACCAAAGCUGCUGCUCGAUCUUUAUCGAAAAACUUACAAGUGCUGUUACCAAAAGUGCUUCCACUUUCGGAGAUUAUCCGUUUUGCAAGAAGCAAAAAAGGCGGGUCAAAAAUCAACCUGAAAGCUGGGUUAGAGCACUUUUGUAUACAUCCGGGAGGUAGAGCUGUGAUUGACGAAGUGGGGGCGAGUCUAGGACUAAACGAGUACGAUCUCGAGCCAGCUAGGAUGGCGUUGCAUCGAUUUGGCAACACGUCUGCGGGUGGGUUGUGGUAUGUUUUGGGAUACAUGGAGGCAAAGAAAAGGCUGAAGAAAGGUGAUAGAAUCUUGAUGAUCAGUCUGGGUGCGGGUUUCGAAUGCAACAACUGUGUUUGGGAAGUGAUCAAUCGAAACAUGGAUCGAGCCAACGUGUGGGAAAAAGUGAUCGAGACUUAUCCUCGAAAGAAAACGAUGAAUCCGUUUUUAGAAAAGUAUGGAUGGAUCAAUGAUGAAGCUAUUGGUUUUAUCAAACAAGAAGAUAUAGCCAAGAUGAUCCUUAGUUUGGCCUAGCUAAUUAAACCAAGCUAGUGUUCGACAAAUCAAAAACAAGUUCUGCCAUUUUUCAUCAAAUCAGAGUCAUUCUGUUACAGUUUUUCAAGUUUUUACCUACAGAUAUUGCUUCAGAUUACAGAUCGAUUUUAUUAAUUGUUGUAUGUGUACGUGUUUAAGUAAUAAUUGUUGUUCACCAAUUUUAAUUUGUUGUUUAUUCAAGUGAUAUUGAUUUGAUCGAGCAGUAA